AGCGGCGGCGCUGCGGUUCAAUCUCAGCCGGGCGGGCGCCGGAGGGGUUCUCACGCUCUCGUCGUCCCAGCAGCCGGCGUCACCCGCUCAGUUGGACUUCAGAGGCACAGAAUGGCGUGGAGCACAGCAGUGCUGCUUCUCAGCCUGGUCCUGGGCGCAGGUGCCAUUCCUGUGGGCGUGGACGACCCCGAGGACGGCGGCAAGCACUGGGUGGUGAUUGUGGCGGGCUCCAAUGGCUGGUAUAAUUACCGGCACCAGGCUGAUGCAUGCCACGCCUAUCAGAUCAUCCACCGAAAUGGGAUUCCGGAUGAGCAGAUCAUUGUGAUGAUGUAUGACGACAUUGCCAACUCGGAAGACAACCCGACCCCGGGCGUCGUGAUCAACAGGCCCAAUGGCACGGACGUGUACAAGGGCGUGCUGAAGGACUACACGGGAGAGGAUGUAACCCCCCAAAACUUCCUUGCCGUGCUGAGGGGUGAUGCAGAAGCCGUGAAGGGCAGAGGAUCUGGGAAAGUCCUGCAGAGUGGGCCCCGGGACCAUGUGUUCGUUUACUUCACUGACCAUGGUGCCACGGGAUUACUGGUUUUUCCUAACGACGAUCUUCACGUCAAGGACCUGAACGACACCAUUCAUUAUAUGCACAAACACAAAAUGUACCAGAAGAUGGUGUUCUACAUCGAAGCCUGUGAGUCUGGCUCCAUGAUGAACCACCUGCCUCACGACAUCAACGUUUAUGCGACGACCGCCGCCAACCCCAACGAGUCGUCCUAUGCCUGCUACUACGACGAUGCGAGGGGCACGUACCUGGGCGACUGGUACAGCGUCAACUGGAUGGAGGACUCGGACGUGGAGGACCUGACCAAAGAGACGCUCCACAGGCAGUACCAGCUGGUGAAGUCCCACACCAACACCAGCCACGUCAUGCAGUACGGGAACAAGUCCAUCUCCUCCAUGAAGCUGAUGCAGUUUCAGGGCGUGAAGCACAGAGCCAGUUCCCCCAUCUCUCUGCCUCCAGUCACACGCCUGGACCUCACCCCAAGCCCCGAGGUGCCCAUGGCGAUCAUGAAGAGGAGGCUGAUGGCCACCAACGAUUGGGAGCAGUCUCGGCGGCUGGUCAAGCAGAUCCAGCAGCAUCUGGAUGCCCGACACAUCAUCGAGAAGUCUGUGCACAAAAUCGUCUCCUUGCUGGCAAAAUCCGAUGCUGCGGUGCAGAGGCUUCUGACCCAGAGAGCCCUGCUCACGGAGCAUGCGUGCUACCAGAAGGCGGUCACUCACUUCCGCACCCACUGCUUCAACUGGCACUCGUCCACGUAUGAAUACGCCUUGAGACACCUGUACGUGCUGGUCAACCUUUGCGAGAAACACUAUUCCAUUGAGAGAAUAAAGAUGUCCAUGAACAAGGUGUGCCUUGAUCACUACUGAAGAGCUACCUUCUGGAAGCCUCUCCAAGAGAAAAUACCAUCCACUCCUUAGGAUGUGUGCUAGCCGGAGGUUGCAGAAGUGGGGUCAGAGGGCAGCUGUGGCUGGGCCAUCCAGUGGGACCUGCCCUGCUACUCUGGUCCUGCUCCCCCCCCCCCCGCACAGGCCCACGUGAAGCUCUAGAGACUGCAGCUGGACUAGCCAAAGUUUUGAGAAACGGCCGUUUGCUUCUUGGGAGUUUUUUUUGCCAUGGGUUUUCAGGAGCAAGAAAUUCACUGCGGGGUGGGGAGUGGGGGGUGGGGGCAGGGGGCUUCUGGGACCAGUGUGGCAUUUGUUCUGACAAAUUUGCUGUUCAGGCUUUUUUUUUUUUUUUUUGGACAAAGCUGUAAGCCCCAAAUGGAAAAUGUUAUUUUUAGAAAAUGUUUUAAUUUUU